AUGGCCGCCGUGAAGUACCUUAUUAAGGUGGACCUACAUGAGGUGAAGGAUGUAAUUUUCAAGGACCCAAGCACGGAAGUCGAUGUUAUACCAAACGUUUAUUGUAUAGUGGAUGUUGGAGGAGUACAACAUUCAACUGUGCAAAGGAACCAGGCAUCUAAUGCGGUUUUCAAUGCUUCGUUCAACUUCACGCUCGAGCUCACUCCUUCCGAGCUGAGUAGAACUAGGAUCAUCAUCUCGGUCCAUCAUAAAUAUCGCAUACAAAGCGCUCUAAUUGGUAUGCAUGCCUUCGGAUUGCAUAACAUAUACUCAAAACAACAGCAUUGUAUACACAGGUCAUGGGCAAAGAUUCUAUGCCCAGAUUUCCCCAGCCAUAACGCAGGACUGUUACUGACAUCAAUAGGUGUAUACGGACCCGGAGACAAUGUACCACUAUUCAAGGAAGCGGCCGGAGGCAGCCGGCCAUCAACUGCCGUUAUUUCCAGCGUCUCCGAAUCUGGAAAUAACGCAGUCCGUAACAUCCGUUCACCUGAAAUCACUGCAAAAUUCUAUGUACUCAAUGUGAACGUCAUAUGUGGUCGGGACUUUAUGUCACGGGGUACUUUACUCUCUAGCUGCCUAGAACCAUAUGUAAAAAUAUGCCAUGGUGGCCUCGAUGUACAAACACCUGUUAUUAAGGAUAAUCCCAACCCAGAAUGGCAGGCAACACUAUACAUGCCAUGUAUAUCACCCUCAUUCGAUGAUUUGGUCACGGUGGAAAUUUGGAAUGGUGAAUCGAACGGGGUGCUACUGCACUUCGAAUCCAUUGACAUAAAAUACUUAUUCAACAAUGAAUACAAUCCUAGAUGGAUAAACAUAUAUUGCAAUUCGGCUACAAAAGCAGAUUUGCUCAGCUUUGUUAAAAACUAUGUAGUAGGAUCCUCGGAAUCACUGACCGACUACGGUGGACGUAUUUUAAUCAGUGCCUCGGCCACCCAAGUACAAAUACCACCCAUCAAAGGUAUUAAACCGUACAAACAAGUUGCUACACCCAUUACACAAAAGAAAAUUGUAUGGAUAGAUCUAUACGAAGUGGUACCUUUAGCAGAGAGUCCCAGCUUAAUCGAUGUGGUUGUGUCCUUAGGCCCAUAUUCCGUCGGCACAUCCGAGCUUAGGUUAAGCAAACAUGGCACUUACCAGGUAAACCAUACCGUAGGUAGACUAGAUCCAAUGGAACCUAUAGUUUCAUGUGGUAACGAGACCGACUUUUGGGAUUUCUUCGUAUACGUGAAUGACCGUUCUGACUGGGGUGUAUCAGAUUCUCAGCGUGUAGCUUGGAAACGUAUAUCUUACGAGGGUAUCCGACGUUCUCAGGGGAAACCCAUGUGGAUUUGUUUGACAAACGCCUCAGACCAUAGGGUCAGUGCCUUCAACGUUCUCAUGUCAUUUGAUGUAUUGGGUGAGCAUGAUAUUGAGCGGAGACCAGAACGACUCGAAUAUAACCUGGUCAAUUAUAUGUUCCGGACUAUGAUAUACGAGGCUCUAAACCUACCUUGUAUAGAUAGUGCUACUUUCCCCAAUACCUUCGUAGAAAUUGAACUUGGCGGCUACCACGUGAAGUCGCAAGUAGCUCGGGAAACGCUAUGCCCUAUGUUCUAUGAGGCCACAGAACUGGAAAUAUGCCUACCUUCUAACCUUCUAUUAGCUCCAGAUGUGACCAUAAACAUAUACGCUGAGCCCAAUUCGAUGUUCUCAUCUCAACAGCUCCUGUGCAGUGGCCAUUUCAGCUUGACAAAGAUCCCGAAAGAAUGGCGCAAGGCGCCACAAUGGGUACAACUAAAAUCAACGAAAAAUGAUCUACAUCGACCAUGCGUACUUGUAGCUUUCGAAUUAGUACCUAUGGACAUUUUGAAGAAGAGCCCUGAAUUAUACCCAUUCUUCGAUGAUAUUCGUCCAACCAAGAUAGCGGCAUUGAUAUCGUUGCUACUUAUAGGUAUACGCGCUUUCAAACCACUUAACAGGCCAAGGGUGAUAAUCCGUUUCGGCACCGCUGAAAAACCUAUAUACAAAUGCUCCAGCGGGUACCCUAUCUCAGGUUCAGAGGGUAACUGGAACUACCUUACGACGCAUGAGAUCCUCGUUGACCUACCUAAACGUAUGCAACAUCAUUGUUUUAUUGAAUUUGCAAUAUCUUCCGGUGAUGAAAAUGAACUAUUCGGGGUAACGUAUGUAAGCCUGAACCCAUUUUUACCAUGGUUAACCCAUGAAGAACGCCUUCAUUCAAAGGAACUAUUCAAAAUGCAAGUUCUAGAGGAUUUCCUAUCGACAGGUGAACAAACACAAAUUGACGAAUCUAAACAUGAACCCGGCCCUGUGAGAACCACACUUAAAGAUGAUAUCGAGUCGAUGAAUGUAAAAUUGUACGAUACUUUUGAUUUUGUGUCCUUACAGCGUGCUGGAGAGCCUCGUGACGGUGAAGAGUUCCGUAACGACUUUGAGAUUGCAGUAGUAGAGGAUGACGAACCCGAUGAACUACAACGUGAUGAGCUACCUUACGAAAUGGAAUGUGAUUUCGCCGCUGAGGACCUGCCUUAUAUGAAGGCGCCAAUAGUGCAGUGUACCGCCGCUGGUGUCCCGGAAACCGUUGGUGUUUUAAAAUUUAUAUGUACCGUUGAGGCAAACGAGGACAUCCGUGUGCGUCGCGAGGCUGCUAAAAAGAUGACGGAACGUCGGCAGAAACUUGUAGAGCUUUAUACUAAGGCCAAGGAGCUUGUUGUACGACUAUAUGUCCUCCAGGCUAAAGGGCUAUACACCAGCAGCGGCCACAGCAAUAUUAUGACCUACCUGUGGGUUCGUAACAUCGAUGGAGAGCAGAAAAGGUCCCUGAGCUACCCUCAGAAUAUUAGGGAUACUUCUAUCCACGGUCAGGGUGUGAAGCCGGUUUACAACACCUGUUUUAACCUAGGUUGUGCCCUUCCUGAAAACGCGAUUCUGAAAAUAAGUGUAGUCGAACAGGGUACUAUACAAGAUGAGGUUAUUGGCACUACCUUCGUAGAUUGCGAAGAUCGAUUCUUGAACCAGAAGAUGUACCAGCUCAUGCAGGAGGACAUUGUCCCUAUAGAACUGCGUACAUUGAAAAAUGAAGAUUCCACAGUAUCACAUGGCACUCUACGCUGCUGGAUAGAGAUGAUGGAUCUUGCAACAGCUCAGACAAAACCUAUCCGUACCAUUGGUGGUAUGGAGCAAUCCGAUUACGAACUGCGUGUAGUUAUAUGGGACGUCCGCGGCGUACCGUUAGAUGGUAACUCUGCAUUAUCUCUAUUUGUGCGUGGUACAUUCCAGGUAGCAGAUGGUGAGGAUCUGGUAGAGGAUACCGAUACCCAUUACAACAGUCGUGAUGGUACGGCUGUAUUUAAUUGGCGGUUCAAGUACCCUAUCCGUAUCCCUAGUGAUUUUUCGUUCCUGAAACUACAAAUCCAUACCUGUAAUCUCUUGGGAGUUAGUGAUUUGGUAGGAGAAUGUGAGAUUGAUUUGCGUAACGAUUACUCCAAGAUUCGCAAACGAUCAGGCCCAUAUCACUGUAAAAAGUUUUGGGUGGACUGUCUUCAUCCGUCACAUGAGAACCAAUCAAGAGGUCAAAUCGGUAUCGAAUUUUCAGUACUCACAGAAUCCGAGGCUAAGCUUUUUGCUGUGGGGAAGGGUCGCGAUGCUCCUAACAAGGACCCCUUCUUACCUAAUGUUCUUGAAAAUCGUACCUACCUGGACUGGCAAGAGAUCAAGGCGACUAUAAACAACGCUUCUGGAGCUAUUAUAUCAGGUUUGAAGUGGACUGGCAUGUUUAUAGCGGUUGCUGCAGCAUUUGCAUUGAUCCUACUGAUUUUGGUCAUCAUCAGGUGA